CAUGACCAUUUUUUCAUGGAGAUGCUCGCGCUCCCCACCCCAUCAUCAAGCACGCGCAGUUUAGCGCGUCCACGUGGUGUAUCAAGUGUGUGCGAGACAUUACAGACGCUGCAUCACAGCUCAUUCAAUUUCUAUCCAGACGCCGACAAUUCAGAGACAGCUAUGGCUUCCGGGGUGACAGUGACAGAUGACGUUAUCACAGUCUUCAACGAGAUGAAAGUGCGCAAGUUGCAGGCAAACGAGGAUGAGAAGAAGAAGAGGAAGAAGGCGGUGCUGUUCUGCCUUAGUGAGGACAAGAAGCACAUCAUCCUGGAGGAGGGUCAGGAGAUCCUGACAGGAGAUGUGGGUGUCACCGUCCAGGACCCCUACCUGCACUUCGUCAAGAUGCUACCCCCAGAUGACUGCCGUUACGCCCUCUAUGACGCCACCUAUGAGACCAAGGAGACUAAGAAAGAGGACCUGGUCUUCAUCUUCUGGGCCCCAGAUGGUGCUCCCCUGAAGAGCAAGAUGAUCUACGCCAGCUCAAAAGAUGCCAUCAAGAAGAAGUUCACAGGUAUCAAACACGAGUGGCAAGUGAACGGUUUGGAAGACAUCAAGGAUCGACGCACCCUUGCAGACAAGCUCGGCGGCUCAUCGGUAGUCACCCUGGAAGGAAGCCCUAUAUAAAUCUAGCCCCGGGCUUCAACUGAAGCCAAACACAUCUGAGGGGUUUGGCUGUUCAUUCCAAUAUGGUUGGGAGGAGGGGCGACGCAGGACCAGGAUCAUUUGUGGGACUGUUGGG